CAGGUCUCUGAUUGGCUGCCGGCUGAGUGUGUGUCUGUGCACCUGUCGCGCUUCUCCUGUGAACACCGGCGUCCUCGGAGCGGCUCCUGUGGCUCCUGCGGCUCCUGCGGCUCCGGAGAGUUCGGGGUCUGGUCGGAGCUGAAGAUGGUUUCUCCUGCGAUCGCUUUGGCUUUUCUUCCGCUCUUGCUCACGCUGCUCAUCCGGUACCGGUAUUAUUUCGUGCUGCUGUAUCGGGCCGUUCUGAUCCGCUGGGUGCGGGACUGUAUGACGGGCCUCAGCCGAGAGGAGCGGGCCUUUCAGUACGUCCUGACCCACGCUACGCCCGGAGACGCCCAGAGCAUCCUGGACACGUUUGAUCAAUGGUGCAGCAAAGUGGAGUUCAUCAGCAACAUCGGACCCAAGAAAGGUAAGAUCCUGGACCGGCUGCUGCAGGAGCACUGUCCCAUCACGGUGCUGGAGCUGGGCACUCACUGCGGGUACAGCACGCUCCGCAUCGCCCGCUCGCUGCCCGUCGGGGCACGCAUCUACUCCGUCGAGAUGGACGAGAGGAACGCUCAGGUGGCGGAGAAGAUCAUCCGGCUGGCAGGCUUUGAUGACGACAUGGUGGAGCUGAUCGUGCGUCCGUCAGAUGAAGUGAUUCCUCGUCUGCGUGAGGACUUCGGCGUGGAGCGUCUGGACCUGGUCUUCAUGGAUCACUGGAAGCGCUGCUAUCUGCCGGACCUGCAGCUGCUGGAGGGCAGCGGUCUGCUGGGAGAGGGCUCCAUCAUCCUGGCCGAUAACGUCAUCUUCCCCGGAGCGCCCAACUUCCUGCGGCACGCGCGCCGCUCGGGCCUGUACGAGGUCAGAGUUCACCGCGCCACGCUGGAGUACAUCCGGGGCAUCCGUGACGGCAUGGCCGAGCUCACCUUCCUCGGGAUCAAGUAAAACACUCACAGGACGCCACCUGUGUGCCUUUCCUUUAUUUGAUCCGUGUUUGAGAACGACAGCCAUCAGGCGAUUGAAGCAUUCAUCACACACACGCUAGUAUUUGAUCGUUCCUUGCUUUUUGACCCUGUGACCUUGAGCUGCAGAAAGACACCGAACGCUUGAGUUAUUAAGGAUUUGAAAUAAAAAUUAAUCUUACCGAUUUUACCAUGAACAAUUCAUCUGUGCAUGUUUUGUUAACCCUACGGUUUAUUCAAAUGUAAUAACUGAUGGAACUUGGCAACUUUAAAUAUUUUCAGAAAUAAAUUUAGGAG